AGAAAAGAAAAAGAAAAAGCAGGAAGAAAAGAAAAAGAAGGAAGGUGCUCAGAAAAAGGCUGCUGAUCAAAAAACCAAAGUGCCAGAACCUACUAAGACCUGUUCAAGCCAGCCCCAACCUGCCGGUAACAGUACCAGCACCUGCACCAGCACUCUGUCCAGCAGCAGCAAUGGCAAGCGUGCAUCUGCCAGCAGCCAGCAGCCAGCUGCGUCCCGUUACCUGCCUCGCGAGGUGCCUCCACGCUUCCGCCAGCAAGAACAGAAGCAGCUGUUAAAGAGAGGCCAGCCAUUGCCUGCAGGGGCUCUGGCCAGUGUGAGCCCAACCCAGGGUGCUGGGCCCGCAGGGGUAAGCCCUCCUCCCCUCCCUGGAGCCGGCGCACAGCAGCAUCCCAGUAAGCUCCAACCAGAUCUCAGUCACGGUGGAUUGGCAGAUCACUAUGAAAGUUCCCACUGGGGACAGCAGCCCACGUACAGAGGUGAAGCCAGCAGCAGCUGGGAUAAAGUGAUAAUAGACAGGACUGACAAGGAGGCGUGGCCUUCCAUCACAGGAGCAGAGACUGAAUCUGCCUCAGAAUGUACCACAGACACUGACUCUGCCUCCAACUGUGGCUCAGAGAACAGUAGCAUGGCUACGGGGAGUGCCCAGGGCACCUUCACUGGACAUACCAAGAAGACUAAUGGCAAUAAUGGCACCAACGGUGCGCUCGUCCAAAGCCCUUCUAAUCAGAGUGCCCUUGGAGCAGGGGGCGCCAGCGGUAAUGGAAAUGGAGCCAGAGUGUGGGCCGUAGCCACAGGCUCCAGCUCCGGCCCAGCUCACUGCUCUCUCAGCGGUGGGGAUGGAAAAAUGGACAACAUGAUCGGAGAUGGGAGAAGUCAGAAUUGCUGGGGGGCUUCCAACUCCAACGCUGGCAUUAAUCUUAACCUUAAUCCUAAUGCCAACCCAGCUGCCUGGCCUGUACUUGGACAUGAAGGAACUGUGGCGACAGGCAACCCUUCCAGUAUUUGCAGUCCGGUCAGUGCCAUAGGUCAAAAUACGGGCAACCAGAACGGGAACCCAACAGGCACUUUAGGUGCUUGGGGAAACUUGCUGCCGCAAGAGAGCACAGAACCACAAACGUCCACUUCUCAGAAUGUGUCUUUCAGCGUACAACCUCAGAACCUUAACACUGAUGGACCAAAUAACACUAACCCCAUGAACUCUUCACCAAACCCUGUCAAUGCAAUGCAGACAAACGGACUGCCAAACUGGGGCAUGGCUGUCGGUAUGGGGGCCAUCAUCCCGCCCCACCUGCAGGGCCUUCCUGGUGCUAACGGAUCAUCAGUUUCUCAAGUCAGUGGGAGCGGUGGUGAAGGAAUCAGCAGUUCUGUGUGGGGACUGUCCCCAGGUAACCCUGCCACAGGAAGUAGCAAUUCUGGGUUCAGUCAGGGGAAUGGAGACACUGUGAACUCAGCGUUGAGUGCUAAGCAGAAUGGAUCCAGCAAUGCUGUGCAGAAGGAAGGAAGUGGAGGAAGCGCCUGGGACUCCGGCCCCCCUGCUGGUCCUGGACUCCUCGCCUGGGGACGGGGCAGUGGCAACAGCAGCAGCGUCAGUCAUAUCCAUUCGGGAGCUUGGGGCCACCCCAGCAGGAGCACCUCUAACGGUGUGAAUGGGGAAUGGGGCAAGCCCCCAAACCAGCAUUCCAACAGUGACAUCAAUGGGAAAGGAUCAACAGGGUGGGACAGUCCGAGUGUUAGCAGCCAGAAUCCUGCCAUGCAGCCUGGCAGUGAACACAUGAACUCUUGGGCCAAAGCUGCGUCUUCUGGAACGACAGCAAGUGAAGGAAGUAGCGACGGUUCUGGCAGUCACAAUGAAGGAAGCUCCGGGAGGGAAGGAGCAGAAUGCCGAAGGCGAGAUAAAGGGGUGAUAGACCAAGGGCACAUCCAAUUGCCAAGGAACGAUCUUGACCCAAGAGUUCUGUCUAAUACUGGCUGGGGACAGACUCCAGUAAAGCAAAACACUGCCUGGGAAUUUGAAGAGUCCCCUAGGUCUGAGAGAAAAAAUGACAAUGGGACAGAGGCCUGGGGCUGUGCCGCUACUCAGCCUUCAAACUCAGGGGGGAAGAGUGAUGGGUCCAUCGUGAACAGUACAAAUACCUCUUCAGUGUCCGGGUGGGCCAGUGCACCGCCGGCUGCUGGGCCAGCAAACACAGGCUGGGGAGACAGCAGCAACAAAGCGCCAAAUGGCCCAGGGGUUUGGGGGGACUCGAUAAGCUCUACUGCUGUUAAUAAUGCUGCUGCUGCCGCCAAGAGUGGCCAUGCUUGGAGUGGGACCGUAAAUCAGGAGGACAAGUCGCCCACCUGGGGGGAGCCUCAGAAACCCAAAUCUCAAAACUGGGGAGACGGACAAAAAUCUAAUCCAGCCUGGAAUGCAGGAGGGGGAGAUUGGGCAGAUUCGUCUUCUGUCCUCGGACACUUGGGGGAUGGGAAAAAAAAUGCCUCUGGAUGGGAUGCUGACAGUAAUCGGUCAGGGUCUGGUUGGAAUGAUCCUACCAGGUCUGGGACCAGUGGCUGGGGUAAUGGCACAAAUUCAAAGGUGAAUCCAGGGACAAACUGGGGAGAGUCUUUAAAACCCGGCCCCCAACAGAACUGGGCGGGCAAACCCCAAGACAGCAAUGUGAGUAACUGGGGAGGAGCCGCUUCCGUUAAACAGACAGGAACUGGGUGGAUCGGGGGGCCAGUCCCUGUCAAACAAAAGGACAGCAGUGAGGCCACGGGCUGGGAGGAACCUUCUCCACCAUCCAUUCGACGCAAAAUGGAAAUUGAUGAUGGUACCUCAGCUUGGGGUGACCCGAGCAACUACAACAAUAAAACUGUAAACAUGUGGGAUAGAAACAACCCGGGCAUGCAGAGCAGUACCACGGCCGCCGCCGCCGCCACCCCCACCACCACGAGCAGCAGCUCGGACGUGGUCGAGACGCCACCGCCGCACCAGGCCGGCGCCCCGCUGAGUCGGUCGCCGCUGCUCGGUCCAGUCUCGGCGGGCUGGGGAGAGAUGCCUAAUGUCCACUCAAAGGCUGAGAGCUCUUGGGGAGAGCCGUCCUCCCCCUCCGCCCUGGUUGACAACGGCACCGCAGCAUGGGGCAAGCCACCCAGCAGCGGCAGCGGAUGGGGGGACCAGCCCACGGAGCCACCGGUGACGUUUGGGAGAGCCAGCGCCCCCGCCCCCACCCCAGCCCUGUGCAAACCAGCUUCAAAAUCUAUGCAAGAAGGCUGGGGCAGUGGUGGGGACGACAUGAACCUUGGCACCAGUCAGUGGGAAGAUGAAGAAGGGGGCAUGUGGAAUAAUGCUGCUUCCCAAGAAAGCACCUCCUCCUGCAGUUCCUGGGGGAACGCCCCCAAAAAAGGACUCCCAAAGGGCAUGAAAACAUCUGGCAAGCAGGACGAGGCCUGGAUCAUGAGCCGGCUGAUGAAACAACUCACAGACAUGGGCUUCCCGAGAGAGCCAGCUGAAGAGGCCUUGAAGAGUAACAAUAUGAAUCUUGACCAGGCCAUGAAAUGGGCUUGCUCAGGGGCCAGCAGAGAUGUCUCUGUGCUGGUGGAGCGCUUACUCUGUCUCACCCUUUCUUUCUCCAAUCAGGACGGCGGCCUAGUGGAAGAGCCCACGACUUCACCGUUUUUGCCUUCACCAAGCCUGAAGCUCCCCCUUUCAAACAGUGCACUCCCUAAUCAGGCCCUGGGUGGGAUUGCCUCAGGGCUGGGCAUGCAAAACUUGAAUUCUUCUAGACAGAUGCCGAGUGGCAGCCUGGGUAUGUUCGGCAGCAGCGGAGCAGCGCAAGCCAGGACCAUGCAGCCGCCGCCGCAGCCCCCCGUGCAGCCUCUGAGCUCCUCCCAGCCCAGCCUCCGUGCUCAAGUGCCUCCGUUUCUAUCCCCUCAGGUUCAAGCACAGCUUUUGCAGUUUGCAGCAAAAAACAUUGGUCUCAACCCUGCACUAUUGACCUCUCCAAUCAAUCCUCAGCAUAUGACGAUGUUGAACCAGCUCUAUCAGCUGCAGCUGGCAUACCAACGUUUACAAAUCCAGCAGCAGAUGCUACAGGCUCAGCGUAAUGUUUCCGGACCCAUGAGACAACAGGAGCAGCAAGUUGCGCGCACAAUCACUAACCUGCAGCAGCAGAUCCAGCAGCACCAGCGCCAGCUGGCCCAGGCCCUGCUCGUGAAGCCGCCACCGCCCCCGCCGCACCUGUCUCUGCACCCCUCUGCAGGCAAAUCGGCCAUGGACAGCUUCCCCCCCCACCCCCAGGCCCCCGGCCUGCCCGACCUGCAGACCAAAGAGCCACAGUCUUCACCCAGCACCUUUGCUCCUUACCCUCUAGCCGGACUGAACCCAAACAUGAAUGUCAACAGCAUGGACAUGACUGGUGGUUUGUCAGUGAAGGACCCGUCUCAGUCCCAGUCACGCCUCCCUCAGUGGACACACCCCAACCCGAUGGACAACUUACCCGGUGCUGCUGCUCCCCUCGAUCAGAACCCCAGCAAGCAUGGUGCUAUCCCUGGAGGUCUAAGCAUUGGGCCUCCAGCUAAGUCCUCCAUCGACGACUCCUACGGCCGGUACGAUUUAAUCCAGAACAGUGAGUCACCAGCCAGUCCUCCUGUAGCGGUUCCCCAUAGCUGGUCACGUGCCAAGUCUGACAGUGAUAAAAUCUCCAAUGGCUCCAGCAUCAACUGGCCCCCAGAAUUCCAUCCUGGAGUUCCAUGGAAAGGACUUCAGAAUAUAGACCCUGAGAACGACCCUGACGUCACUCCUGGAAGUGUCCCCACCGGGCCCACCAUCAAUACCACCAUACAGGACGUCAACCGCUACCUCCUCAAGAGUGGAGGGUCCUCCCCCCCGACAUCUCAGAGUGCCGCGCUGCCUUCCUCGAGUGCCUGGCCGCUCAGUGCCUCUGGCUACGCUCGCUCCUUCAGCAGCAUCGCGCCCGCGCCCAGCAUUGCAGGUAAACUGUCAGACAUUAAAUCGACGUGGUCCUCUGGCCCUGCCUCCCACACGCAAGCCUCUCUGUCUCACGAACUGUGGAAGGUGCCCAGAAACACUACUGCACCCACAAGACCACCUCCAGGGUUAACCAAUCCCAAGCCUUCCUCCACCUGGGGAGCCAGCCCCCUCGGCUGGACCAGCUCUUACUCCUCAGGUUCCGCAUGGAGCACCGACACCUCAGGACGGACAAGCAGCUGGCUCGUUCUCCGCAACCUCACGCCCCAGAUCGACGGCUCUACCCUGCGGACGCUGUGUUUGCAGCAUGGGCCUCUCGUCACAUUCCACCUGAACCUGACUCAAGGCAACGCCGUGGUCCGCUACAGCUCCAAGGAGGAAGCCGCCAAGGCCCAGAAGUCCCUGCACAUGUGUGUUCUGGGAAACACUACCAUCUUGGCCGAGUUUGCCGGCGAAGAAGAGGUGAACCGUUUCUUAGCCCAAGGCCAAGCACUGCCGCCCACCUCCGGCUGGCAGUCCGGCACCGGGUCGGGCCAGACACGGCUGGGCGCCUCGGGCAGCUCCCACGGCCUGGUGCGGAGCGACACUGGCCACUGGAGCACCCCGUGUCUGGCCGGCAAAGGGAGCAGUGACCUGCUGUGGGGCGGGGUCCCCCAGUACUCGAGCAGCCUGUGGGGCCCACCUAGCAGUGACGAUGGCAGGGUGAUCGGAAGCCCCACCCCACUGAACACUCUGCUUCCCGGCGACCUUCUCAGUGGGGAAUCCAUCUAGGACCGAGAGGACCCCGUGGGCGCCACAGUCAUCAGCACUAGGAAGAAAAGGCUGACCCUUUCCAGUCCGGGCAGCGCUGAGGACCCCGCUUGACCUGAGCAGCCCGGCAGCCCUUUGAGUACCUCUGUCCAGUACUGAAGACGAACCCUGGCCGCAGUCCUUGUGAACUGUUCACGAGACAGUGCGGGCUGUGCUUGGUCAGUGUCACAUGCUAAUGACAGGAUGUUCCUCAUAGCUUUUUAUUUUGUGUUGUCUUAUGUUUGUAUGGUGUGUUGUCGUUUUGAUUUUUUAAGUAUAAAAGCUGCUUAGAAUAGUUCUAUCAUGAAGGGCACUUUUCAGAUUGUGGGCUGGAAAGGGUUAUUUUAU